GGAAGAUGGCAUUAACGGGGGAUCGAUCUACUGCGGAAAUCGGCCGGAAUGGGGGGGAGAGAGGGGGGACUCGGCGCUUCCCUGCGGGUUCGGGAAGGUCGGUAGCAGACUGGGGGCGGCGGCACGAAUAGAGAGACGCGGAUGGAUGGGCAGCGGUGGAGGAUGUGGGCGGCGGCGACGCAACAAAUAAAAAGACCAAGUAUCCGUACUCCGUAAAAGACGCAACAAAG